UCAAUAGUUCUAGAGAUCGCUCGUGCAUUAUGAUCACAGUGUGCAAAGCAUAGGACAUGCAGUGAGUACGUCGGCGCAUGACCGAGCAUCCGUCAGCUAGCCCGGCAGCCAGUGCCAUCACACAGUACCUCCGUCGCUGUCAACGCAGGCACACGCUUCCCAGCCCAAACGAGAUCCCCUCUAACAGACUAACAAGCAAUAAUGACCGACACCACCCCUAAGCCUAAAUCCAGGGCCCGCGAAAAUAAUUGAGCGAAUACACACGGGUUAUGGAUCAAAAUAAUAAUUCCAAAAAUAAAUAUACAGUGUGAUCAUUUUGGGUUUGGGUGGCGGAACAUUAUUUGAUAGUGAUUUGUCAGGUUUGAGUAAAGAAAAAAUUAUAAAAAUGAGACAAGACAGCGAUGAUACCGCCCUCGCAGAACGCGUCCGGGGGUUCAAGAGUGACCCGGAAAAGGUGCGCGAAGCAACAGAAUUUGUUGAUCAACUCAUUCAACAAGCGAAGAAAGAGGCAGAGCUUAAACAAAAAGAGAAAGACAGAAGUAAAUUCGACGCACAAGACCAAGGCAGUGGUAAUCUGAAGCGUCGUUUGGGGCGUGCACGCGGCUUCGUCCUGCGUAUGUUCGAUGCACUGUGCAAUUGCACACAGACAGCUGCGGCCGCGGCGCGUACCACCGCCCGCAACAAUCCAUUCACCAAACGCUAACUCAAUCAUUCAUUAAAGCGUAGAAUCGCAUAUCAAACCUAUUUGAUGGCACGUUUCAGAUUGUGUUGACUUUUGAGGUUAUAUUCAAGAAAAUCAAGAAAUUAAUUUGAAAUGUUUUUUUUGGUUUUAUUUAUUUAUUAUAGUAAUUGUAAUAUGUAUGUAUGUAUGUAAUGUAAUGUGUAAUAGUUGUGUUUACACAGCACCUUAAGAUCGCAAUGUUCUGCUGUCCAAGGAAAUUUUAUUGGGUGUACUAAUGACAUAGGUAAUGGUAAUCUUGAAUCUUGUGGCUCUAACAAAUACCUAGUUAUUUUGGUUUUUCUUGAAUCUUGUGGCUCUAACAAAUACCUAGUUAUUUUGGUUUUUUGCAAUCUUAAAGUUUAAGCAAUUAUUUUAAGUCCGUUUUCUUUUCUUGAUAAUUGACAUUCUGUAUUUGAGUUCAUUAAGGGCUGGGCAAACGUUGUCGACAAUAUAAAUUAUUUGUAAAUGUAGGUACUUUCACUAGGUACCUUACAAUUUCUUUGGACGACAGCAUUUAUAAUUUAAUUUCUUGGGCUUGGUUUAUUAUCUUAAUGUCUCUUCAAGUUAGUUACAAUUAUUUGGUCAAGUAAAAUUUGUUAUUAUUAUUUUAAUGUUGAAUAUUCUGAUUUACUGGAAUACAAAAAAUCUAAUAAUUUAUUUCAAAAUAUUAAGGUUACCUACAUAGAUUUGAUUGAUUUUUCGAAGUUGAAUUUAUAGUAUAUCCACAUAUCCAGCAUUCCUCUAUACCUGACCAGAAUAUUGUACUCCAUAUAUUAGAAAUGUAUUGUAUGAUUAUAAAAAAAAUUAUUGAUGUUGUGAAUUUUUUAUAAUGUGAAACCAAAGACCUGUAGAAAUCCACUGUAGCGCUAGAGUAAAUGUAUUUUCAACAUUUUACUACGUAUUUAAAUGCAUAGGUAACUAAUCAAUUUCAUCUUUCAUCUCAUAAGGUCACAAAUUUCGUCUUCCCUGUAGUGCAAUAACGAUGAUCUUCAUAAGCGACGUGACAUAUCGAAUGUCCUGACUUGAAUGGUCCACAAAUUACUAUCAUAUUUACACUAGGUACUUGAUGUUGAAGUUAGUUACGAAAUAUGCACGAAGGCUUUAGGUGUUUUAUUGCAGUUGCCUUGAUUUUUUUUUCUGGAAGAACUCAACGUAUUAAAGGCGUGGUUACCUACUAUGAGUAUUAUCUGUGACCGAAGUGGCGAUUUGACAUUUCGACUCCUCCUCGCGUCGUUUUCCUCAUUACUGAGGGUCGAGACUCCCCCGCUGCAUCAGUUUCUCCCAUACGACUUCCCUCCAUCUGCCGCGAUCCUUUGCUUCAUGAAGGGCAUUAUGGAAAUUGAUGCUCAGAGAAGCUCGUACUUGGUCCGACCAUCUCGUGGGACUGCGACUGCGACAUUUCGACUAUUGAGAAUUUAUUUUUAUCUAUAUCUGAAAAAUCCUUUGCCAUGACCAGUCAAACUUUAUGUCAAAUUUACCAGUGGAGACCAUUUUCAAAAAUAAAUUCAUAGAUUAUGUAGGAAAGCACGCCUAAAGUAAAGUAAACACACAGUUUAUGAUAUUCAUCGUUAAUUAGAGUCCCUAUGGUGUUACAUGGUGUCUUUUAAUCGGUGUGAUGACGCUUAUAGUGUUAAGGAUGUCUAAUAUUUUUAGUUUUUCAUUAUAUUUAACAACUAUUUUCCAAGCGUACAACGUAAUAAUUUUAUAUAACUAAAUUAAGAAGUAUUUAUGAGCAUUUUGUUUUUAUUUAAAUAAAAGGAAUUGUAUUUUGAUUUAUUAAGAUUAUAGCCGAAGUGGCCACCAAUAAGUAAAUUAAGCACUUUCAAUAUUUCAUUUAGUUUUAAGCGCCUUCAAAGAUAAAAGAAAGUUUUCAAUUCAGUGUUUCUAUAUCCAAAAACGAUGAAUCAAUAAACAAUACUUUCACAUUUCUUACUAAUUACGUUUAGUAAUUGAACGAACUUUAAAUAUAUUAAAGCUUAAAUUGGUAACAAUAUUAACGACUAAUAGUCCAACGCAUAAAUUUUAUUUUAUAAUUAUUAUCGUAGUUAAAUGCUAAUCUCCGAUAGAAUUAUAUAAUUGAAUGUUCUAAAAUCUAAAGCAUUUUAGUUACGUGAUAUGAUAGGUGGUGGCCCGUUCUCUUUUUUUGUUACGCUGUUGAGGUUUUGCGCAAAUAUGUAAUGAAUAAGUACGUUCAUGAGUUUUAACUACCUACUUUAUAAUAUACCUAAUUAGUUUCGGAAUUUCGUAAAAAAAUAUCGUGAAAAAAUGUAUUGAGUACUUUCGUUGCUGAAUAGAUUUACUACUCUUUUUCAUAUUUUAAGUAAUAUGAAAAAGAGUAGUAAAUCUCGAAUAGUUCAGGUUAAUGAUGUAUUAAUUGUGUGUACCGAUGUUAAUAUAAAUUUGUAAUUUUUAUUUAAAACUAUUUUUACAGAAGAAAUUUAUUUUGGAAAAAAUAAUAUAAAUGAAUUUUUUCAGCAGUAGAUUUUAGAUAAAAAACAGAACGAAGACAGGUGAAAAACUAUAUUGGAAAAAUUUUUGAAAAUAUAUCAUAUUAUAUGUAUAUAUAUAUCAAAAAAUAUAUUUGUUGGUAGGUACUUGUAGUUGUAUGUGUAUUAAAAUAAAAUAAAAUAUUUAAAUUACUUAUAAAUGUUCAAUGUGAUAUCCUGCCUGUAACCUUACUUCCGGUGUGAUUCUACUGAGUAUUUCUUCUAAAUAAUAAAGUCGUUUUGUAAACUU